UUUUUUUUUGCGAAGCAGCUGUAGAAAAGACUAAGGCUUCUCUUUAUAUGAUGAUAAUGCUGUGGGGAUAUGGUUUGGAAUUUAUUUUUAAUGAUAGCCUUGCAAACUCCUUCCCAAUAUUUUUAGAACCUGACCUGGUGGUAAAACGACAGGAAGCUUUGGCAGCUGCUCGCCUCCGGAUGCAAGAGGAGUUGAAUGCACAAGCAGAGAAAUACAAAGAAAAACAGAGACAGCUUGAAGAAGAGAAGCGAAGGCAGAAGAUAGCAAUGUGGGAAAGUAUGCAAGAGGGGAAGAGCUAUAAAGGAAACCUGAAGAUAAAUCAGCAAGAAUUAGAAUCUGGUGCUUCCACCUCAUCGACUGUCCCGAAACCUAAAGCAAACAAAAAGCCUUUGCGAAGCGGUGGCUACAACCCUCUGUCUGGAGAAGGAGGUGGAACGUGCUCCUGGAGGCCAGGUCGCAGAGGCCCGUCGGCAGGUGGAUGAGGCUAACGCCCCUCGUGUCCCAUGUCUUGCCCACUGUCUAACUGCCUAAAGUUUGCCUGUCACAGGGACUCCUUUGGGAUUGGGUUUAGUGCAGGUGCUCGCUUGAAAACAGAUGUCUGCGGGUUCCAAAUAUUUAACACAGAAACUGCUGCUACACAAGAUAAAAUAGUUGAUCCUCUUAAAGAGGGUGAAGAAAGAAACAAUGUUGGUAUAAACAGUUAAUUUUCACCCUUCUGUAGGGCGGAAACGUAGUCACUAGCUGAGGUGCAGCCCGGGGGAUGUGAGAUCUGGGUUCUGUGGGUAUUCAAAAGACCGAGCACAGGCAAGUUAACUAUCUGUGUCUCUGUUUACCUCUGCAAAAUGAGGGUAUUUACCACUCCAAAGCAUGUGCUACAAGGUUUACAGUGUUUGGCUGGAAGGAUAGGUAGAACGGAAGGGUAUUARCACAGACAGCUUGAAUUUUCCAAGAGGGACUUUCAGAAAACCCAGAUGAACUGACAGAUGCYGUGGGUUUGCACUGAGGGCCGCGUGUAGCAGGAGAGUCUCUGUGACAAGCUACCUUGAAUGAUGUUUUCCUUAUAAAUGGUGAACAAACCAGUGAGGAUUACUGAUGCUAGACAGCAGAUGGGGGUUUCUUGCUAUUUCUUUUUUAUUUUCAACUGCUUUGUAAAGAUAAAAUAUUAUUAAUAUUAAAUAUCAUUGCAAAGAAAUCAUAUAGUAUUUACAACCUUGUGGUUUUCUACAGCAUCUUUUUAUAUAGAAGGUUACAUUCUAGUGCAAUAAAUGUAUAAAAUGAGAUGCGUCAUAUGAGAGAUUACAUUUUCAUUUAUGUGCUUGUAUGGAAUGAAGGAGGGUUUUCUAAGUUGUUUUAGAUUUUUAACAGUUAUGUUUUAUCUGAGUAUUCUUUGUUCCAAGUCACGAUUGGAAGAGAGUCCCCUUCAGGUUAAGACCAAAAUAACUUUUCCCAGGUCCGAAAAUUGAACCUGAGCGUUCUUUGCCCRCUUCCUUCCCCCUCCACCAAAAAUGAUUCUGAAAUGGGGCAGAAUGAAUUGCUAAUUACCAAGCACUCCCAAUUAUACUUGUAGCUUGGGGAGCUGUCACCCUGCCACCAGCUCAAGCAGCACCAGCCUKGAGGACUCUUUCUAUAGUUAACAAAUGUUGAAAUUUGUAGGUGGGAGACUUUGGAGAGCUUUAGUAGCUGAAGGGAGCGUUGUCUUCGUUUUUCUGGUGUUUGUCCAGCAACGUGGACAGAAAACAGAGCUGGAGAUGGUUGUCAUAAAGGAGCUUCCCAGACACCCUGUUCUCUCAGAACGCUGUUUGGCACAGCGUGUAGAUGACUAAACAAACGUUGAGGCUGYCCUUGAUAAGGGUGAACUCGUUCCUGUCAGCAGAUGACACAUAUCCUUGACACACUGCGUCUUUGAUUACUUUUACUGAGCUGUGUAUGUGGCCUAAAAAUAUGUCAGUAAUUUAUUAGCAUAGCUUAAGGCUGCCUGCAGSCCUGUUUCUAGAUAGUUAUGCUUGAAAUAUUUGUGUUUGUUAAUAUGUUUCAGUGCCAACUUCGAAAAUGAUGUUUAUACAUCUAUAGAGACUUCACUGUUACGUGAUCUGUGACUUUUCUAUGACUCUAAAUGUAACAGUAGCAUGUUACUUAAUAAGUUAAAAAGUUGCCAGCCAACAAGAUAGAAAAGCAAAGAACCUUUGACUUUAGAUGUCUUAAAUGUGUGUUUAAAUGCAUAUAGAAGACGAAGUGAGAGGGCUGUUAAUGUUCCUAUGGAAACUAGUUUUCAUUUCUUGACUUCGGUGUGUUUUGAUAUGUAAACUUACAUUUCCAUUGUUGGAUUGACUGUGUAAUGUGGACUGCAAUAUGUAACUUCAGGUUUUAAUUUAUAAUAGAGCAAAAAAAAUAGAGGAUGGGGAAAGAUUUUCAACUUUGAGGGUUCUUCAUCCAUGAAGAGCUGUAAGUUGUUAUCUCACACAUGCCUCU